AUGACCAAGUGGGAUUCCCUUUUCUUCCUCGAGUUUUAUCUUCAGGUUGUUGGCCACACGCCCCUCUUUACAUUACAUCGUCCCUCUCAAAUCUUAAUCCAACAAAGAAUUCUCAGAAUCCGGAUUUUGCCAAACACACAGACUCCUCUUCUCUCUUCUCCUCUUUCUAAUAUGGCGCAAGGUGGUAGCGAAUUGCAAAUGAGUUCAGGGAUUGCUCCUGUAGCUAAGUCUGGCAUGGCAAUGGAGAAAUCACCAAGUUGUGUGCAUUCUAGCAAGAAAAAGCAAGGGCAAGUUCCUAAAAAAAUCCACAAGGCUGAGAGAGAGAAAAUGAAACGUGAACAUUUGAAUGACCUCUUUCUUGCUUUGGCUAACUCUUUAGAACUAUCAGAUCAGAACAAUGGUAAGGCCUUUUUAGUGAAUGAAGCCAGUCGAGUGGUGACCGAAACACUAGUUCAGAUCAAGUCUCUGAAAAGGGAAAAUGCUGCUUUAUUGUCUGAAUCUCAAUACAUUACUAUGGAGAAGAAGGAGCUGCAAGAUGAAAAUUCUGCUUUAGAGGCUCAAAUCGGGAACUUGCAGAGUGAGCUGAAGGCACGUGUUUCUGAGUCACAACUCGACCUGAACAUGGUCCCUCCUGAAUGUAAUCUCCAAGAAGUUGCAUCAGAUACAAGUAAUGAUCAUCCCAGAUUUCCUUCCAUUCAACCUGGACAGCAGCAAGUACAAACUGUAAAUCCAUUAUAUCUAGUCCCCAUCUGCUCAAAUAUGCAAGCAUAUGUGGAACCCAGUACUACUCAACUUGCAUCGAAGCCUAGCAAACCACACGCUCGAUAUCCUACACCAGCCGACACAUGGCCAUCCCAACUUCUUGAAAAGCAGCCCGAGUUAGGGAAGGAAAUUCAACAAAGUAACAGAAAUAACGACGGAUGUUAA